CUCACUCUUAAAUAAUAUAGAGAAACUGUUCGGAAGUGCUUUCAGACCUCCGAAUGUGAUGGGCGAUUCAGCCGACGCUAGUUGAAUUUGAUUUCUCUUGCUAUUGAACGUGCUAUUGGACUGAACUACGCUGUUGAAUUGAAUUUGAUUGUGCGGAUUGCUAUAAAAAAACAUAUCCUGAGAAUACAUUUGAUGUAAUAUACACUCGACGAGACACCAUGCUGCACGUCAAAAUCAUUUUACAUGUGGUUGAAGCCUGGAGGAAAAAUUCUAAUUACAGAUUACUGCAAAAGUGCUGGAAGUCCAUCUUUAGAAUUUGAUGAGUACAUUAAAAAAGGAGGAUAUUAUCCCCAUGACAUUAAAGCGUAUAGGCAGUCAUCUACAGAUGCUCGAGGAUGCUGGAUUUGAUGAUGUCAUUGCUGAGGAUCGAACUGAUCGGUUCGUUGAAACAUACACUACAGCAGGAGUUAGAUGCCCUUGAGAACAAGAAGGGCGAUUUUAUUCGUGACUUCAGCGAAGAAGACUACAAUGAGAUUGUGGAAAGAUGGAAGGCAAAGCAGACCAGGGGUGCAUCUAGAGAGCAGAUAUUUAUGUUGUUGCAUGAGAAUAAUUGAUGAAACAAAUCACCAAAUCGCCAUGGCUGUUAACAUUUUUGAGGAAAAUGUAGAAAGACUUCCCCGUGUUGCUGCUGUUGGGGAUGUAAUUGUGCUUUGUUGUGUUGAGGUAAAAUCAUUUAAAGGGGAAGUAAAUGCUACUUUCGAUAAGAGAUUUUCAUCUUUUGGUUUAUAUAAAGGCAAAGAUGGUGAUGAUUUGGAUCCUUAUCAUGUUUCUUCUUAUUUUCACCACAUACGUGAAGAUGAGAGCUUAAUAGUUAAGCUUAGAAAAUGGCUGAUGAAUUUUCAGCCUCACGAAGAUUCAUGUAAUUUCCCCAUGUUAAGAGAAAUCAAGGAAGAAACUUCUGUUAAUUUGGCAUGCAAGAUCCUUCAUUUUUGUGAGGCUGCUAAAGAUGAGUGGAUUAUAUUUGCUUGGGAUGGUACUAACACUCCACCAAAUGUCAUAUGUUCAAAGCUUGAAGAAGAAAUUAACUCUCCACUUCCUCUACAACUAGAACCCUUGCCUUUGUCAAGAGAGGUUUUAUGUACUUUGCCCGUUGUUGGAUCCAUCUUGAGGAUGACAUUUGAUGCAGACCUUGUGAAAAGUCAUUUACACCUUUUUUUGUACUGAAUUGUGGGCAAUGGAGUUUUGACAAGUGAUUCAGUGUUAAUGGCAUGCCAAGAACUGUAAAGUUCUUGAUUGGAUAAUUUUUUUUAUUGAUAUUAUCAAAAGCAUCACUUGGGUAGACAUUAGGCAAACAAGUUAAAAUAGGGUGAAGCAUAACUUAUGAAUAAUGGAAUAGAACUGAACUAUGGUUAAAAAUGUCAAUUUUUAUUCCACUAAAAAGGGUGAAUCCAAGGGGAAUAGAACAAAAUUAU